UAGCGCUCACGGCUCCGUUUAGUCCGAGGUACGCUCGCUAGGGUUUCUCGAUCCGGGGAGAGAGAGCUAUAUUAUGGCAAAGAAGAGGAAAAGAAAGGACGAUUGAAUCGAGAGGAAGGAGAAAAUGGGGGUGUGGUCGGUUCUUUUCAUGUCGGCAAUGCCGGUGUUUAGACUGCUCGUUCAUUGCGGCAUUGGGGCUUAUUUGUCAUCUCCACAAUCCAAUGUGAUGCCUGCCGAAGCUCGAAAACAUAUAAACAAGCUAGUUUUCGUGUGUUUCAUGCCAUCGCUGAUUUUCUCGAAUUUAGCUCAAACAGUGACUGUCGAGAAGAUGCUGGACUGGUGGUUUAUGCCGAUAAAUGUGUUGCUAUGCUACAUGAUUGGCGCUGGAAUUGGAGUUUGUAUCUUCGAUCACUUCAAGCCUCCUCCUCACCUGAGAAAAUUGAUAAUUGCAUGCUGUGCUACAGGGAAUUCGAGUAACUUGCCUCUAGUACUUGUUUCGGCGAUUUGCGUUGAAGCAGGUAGUCCCUUCGGCAGAUAUGAUGUUUGCACGGCAAAUGGGAUAGCUUAUAUAUCCUAUGGUCUAUGGAUGGCCACAGUUUUGACUUGGACAGUCGUGUUUAAUUACCUGAAGCCACAACCACAGCCAGGCUAUGAAGAGGUUGAUUUGCACGACGCAACGGAGGAAGCUCCACCUCGGGAGGAAACUCCUCCUGCUCGAGAGCUAAAUGUCUAUCCAGGAAGCCAAGGCAUUAUGCCUCAAGUUGCAGGCUUGCAGGGUGUUCCUCGGGGGUUUACGAAUACUCAAAGUCCGCAAGGAUUUCCAGGUCCACAGGGGUACAGGAACUCUGGUUUUGGUGCUCAGAAUCUCCAAGGCAUGGACAGCUUUCAGCAAGGCUACCAAGGAUUUCAAGCGCCUCAGAUGUUUCAAGUCCCGGGUCAAGGAUAUCAACAGCAGGCAUUUUCAGCAAUGACUCAGGGUCCCAGAGGCUUUCAGGCUGGACCGAGGUACUCGCAAGGCUUCGAGGACUACAAUGACGGGUUUAUAGGCUCCCAGCCUCAAGGCUUUUUGCCUAGUCCUCAGGCAUUUCCAACUCGUGGCCGGAAUCCAUCUAUAGGCCUGGGGGACUUCCAGCAGUUCCAAAGCCCGCAGGUUCCUCAACUCCCGAUGUCUCCUGACGGGUUCCAAAACCUCCAGGCUCCAGGCUUUCAAAAUCCACUUCAAGCACUUUCAUCUCCGCCUUCUCAAGCUCUCCAAGUUUAUGGAGCUUCAACGACGUCCCAGCCGAGAGCAGCACAGCCACCACCUCCAACACCUCCUGAGCCAGCAGGUCCGCAGCCUCGUACCGAUGAUUUUUCUGUGGCCAACUUGCAACUAUGGAUGGAAAAAUACCGCGUGAAAGAAGCCUUCACCCCUCCAACAGCGGCAGCUGCGAUAGCAAUCCCCAUUGGCGCUGUGCCGUUUUUUAGACAUUUGCUGUAUGGACACCAAGCUCCAUUUCGGUUUUUAGGCGAUGCUUUGGUCAUCCUUGGGGAAGCUAUGAUUCCUUGCAUGAAUCUGUUACUUGGAGGAAACUUAUCUCAAGGAUUUGGCGCAUCGGAACUGGCACUUGAAGUUGUCAUCUCGAUCAUGUUGACACGACUGCUGCUUCUUCCCAUAACCGGGCUCAUCGUUGUCAAGCUCGCGUUUUCCAUGGGUCUAGUACCUGCGGACCCGCUCUUUCACUUCGUACUUUUGCUGCAAUUUACCAUGCCUACGGCUAUCAACGUUGGUCAGUUUCAAAACCUCAUCUAUUUACAAAUACCAUCACUAAAACCUGUGGCACGAUGACGCAGCUAUUUGGUGUCGGACAAACCGAAUGCUCGAUCAUUCUUUUCUGGUGCUACACAUCGUCGGUUGUGUUUUUGACACUAUGGACGAUGAUUUUUCUUGUCCUGCUCAUAUGAAGCCCAAAGGCUUCGUUUUUUAUGGGAGUGUAAAGAGCGAGAAGUUCUCUGCAAGUCAGGAAAAUUUUGGUACGUCCUUAGUGAGCUGAAUUGUUGUUACAUUUCUUUCCAAAAUCAACAAGGAUCACGGGAUUUUUUCUUUCAUACUCUCAAGUUCGCGUCAUCAUCGUCUAAUUU